AUGGCAACAAAUAAGUUUACAUCUGUUUUAUUACUGUCUUUGGUAAUGUUUGCUCUCAUCCUUUUGCCUAUGAUUUCAGGACAAUAUUACAAAUGCAAGUUUGACGGAUGUAAAAUCACACCGGUAUGCGAUAGAAAAUGCAUGUCUAUGGGAUACCCAAGACGAGGGGUGUGUCGAAUAUACAGUUUUGGCGGUGUUUGUUGUUGUGAACUCAGUGUUAAACCUCCUUACUAUUUCAUUCUAUAUAUGUACUUAUAG